AUGUAUAAAGUAUUUUUAUCUUUCUCACAGAAAAAGGCAAAAUAUUCCGCGACACGUAGACUGCUUUUGAAGUCUAAACUGCUGAAGAAGGCAGCUUCUAUGCUGGUGGCUGAGAUUGAACAGAAGAAACACGACAAGGAAAGAGUUGUGAAAGAGAGCUUCCCUCCACUGAAUCUUCCAGGUCUGUCAGUCCAGGAACUCCAGGAUCUUUGCAAAGAACUAUAUCGUAAGAUUGAUGUUGUAGAUGAAGCUCGUUAUGAUUCAGAGCUUAAGGUAUCCAAAAAUGAGACGGAGAUCCAGACACUGAAUGAGAAGAUCAGUGGGCUGAAGGGGACAAAGAGGCCCAACUUGAAGAGGGUGAAGAAAACUACAGACGACAUGCUGGGUGCAUGCACCGACAACUCCAAACUCAUGAAGGCUGAUUUCAAGGCCAAACUUAAGACAGUGAAGAAGGAGGAAGAAAAGAAGGAAGAAGUGAAUGAUUGGCGUAAGAACGUGGAGGCCAUGUCUGGUAUGGAGGGUAGGAAGAAGCUGUUUAAUGCAGGGCAAUAAAAAGGUGCUAUGUUAGUAACACAUCGGCCCAACCUACACCCUACACCCUAAGCACUAAACCCUCACUGGCUUAAUUGACAUCACCUGUGUACAUAGAUGUAAUGCUUGAGUGUGUG